CACAAACAAACCGUCGUACGCUCUGCACCUGACAACGACCAGUGCAACGUUUUUGAGAGUCCAACACCGAGAAGUUGUCGCCAUGAUCGGAGGAGGCGACAAGAUCCCCAGCGUGGGCACUCUUGAUAAGCCCGAGAACCUCGACCAACUCCUGCGCGAGGAUCGCGGCGAUGAUUGCACAUCGUGCAGAGUGGUUGGAGGCGGUGCAUUCAUCGGCCUCGCAGCUUACAACUACCUCACCGGCAUGGGCCACCUCGAACGGCAACACGCGGCGAUCCUCAAGUCCGGCUCGAUGUUCGGAAUGAGAAGCCGCAAGCUGGGCGUUGCCAGCAUCUCGAUGGGACUGGCUUAUCUUGGUCUAUGGAGGUUGUUCCGGUAAAGGGGCCGCAGGAAAGGGAGAUGGAAUCGGAUCAACGAAAUCAACACCACUCAAUCGGAUGUCCGUUGCGGUCGUCGAAGCCGCAGGUCCAUGCGUGGAACCGUCGAUACGGCCGCCGACUGUCUGCCUCUAUCAAAUUGCCGCUGAGCGAAAGAGGAAUACGAUCCCGCCAGACUCCAGCCAUUGGAGAGUUUUCUAGGAGACGUUGAGGGAAAAGGUCUUGCCCAGUUCGAGUGACGAAAUCAGGACCAACUCAGACAGGACGCUCGCGUGGUUCAUGACCAACAUGGUUGCUAAGCCCAGCAUCCGUCAAGCGGGCUGUAAUAAUACUGUACAACACUGUAAAGUUUAAAAGCGAAACCGCCAACGGAAAACGAUGUAUUGUAGACAGGUAGAAGACUGUUCCGAUUAUUUUGUGGUGAUAUUUGCGGACCUGU